AUGUGUUUCCAUCAACGUCGCGCUCUCUUAUUAUUCGCAAUAUUCAAUAGUUUGCGGUUCGUUUCAUAUAAAUUCGAAAUGAUGCGCUUAAAUAGCUUUGGCGAAUGUUCAGUGAGGAAAGAACUUCCUGGUUUAUACAUGAAUGGUGUACUUUCAAUACCCCUUCUAUCCAGGUUAGUUAGCUGUGGUUAUGAACAUGGUUUCUACCAGGACGUUAAAAAUUUAUUUGUCGCACUUCUUGCCUUGUUUUCUUACCUAAUUGUCAUAACGAUUAGUGCAAUAGAUAUGACUUUUGGACCAUUGUAUGCAUUCAGGAUUUUUCGCUACCCUAUCGUCUAUCCGUACUUCAAUUUUCCAUUAGUGUUGUUCGGCCUUCACCAUUUCGUUUUGCGAACUCAUCGAGAUUUUAAACGUGAUGUAUUUGAGGUGAUUGACGAAGAUAUGUUUCUAUAUAUUUGCCGAUAUCAAUGCCUUAACCUAUGUGAAUGUGCGCAAAAAUUGAAGAUUUAUAAAAUGACAACAAUACGACCGUCAAUAUUAGCGAGAAAUGGGCGAAUUAAUAUCGCGGUUAACAUUCAUACAAUCGACAAUCUCAAUAGCCUUGAUGAAAAUUUGAAGAGCAAACUUAAUUUGAAAUCUCAAUUUGAUGAAAAGAAUAUUUAUUAUUAA